UCCUGUGCUUUGUCAUCAGAGAUCAUUUACUUCUUGUUACUAGAUGAAGAAAAGGGAUGUUACUAGGCUAUAUUAAGCUGUUUUUAGUUUAUAGCUUUGUAAAAAACCCACAGAUCCCACGAAAUAGAUGAAUUAAAUACACUAUUUUGGAGAAGAUUUUUCCAUGUGGAUACUCUGCAAUGGGAAGAAGGCAGCUGCUGCAGUUGAUUCUGCUCCACACCGCUUGGAAAAUAGGGAGCGGCCAGCUCCAUUAUUCUGUGCCGGAGGAAUCCCAGCAUGGCACCUUUGUGGGCCGCAUUGCCCAGGACCUGGGGCUGGAGGUGGGAGAGCUCAUGCCUCGGAUGUUCCGGAUGGAAUCUCAAGGAGAUGGGGACUUUUUCAAGGUAAAUCUGCAGAAUGGGAUUUUAUUUGUGAAUUCACGGAUAGACAGGGAGGAGCUGUGUGGCAAAAACAUCAUCUGUACCAUUCAUCUAGAGGUAAUUGUAGAUAAACCCUUGGGGGUCUUUCAUGUGGAAGUAGAGAUUACAGACAUAAAUGACAAUGACCCUGUUUUUUCUGUCAGACAGCAGAAUUUGUCUGUUCUAGAAUCAAGGGUUCCAGGUUCCCAUUUUCCAGUAGAGGAAGCUUCUGAUGCAGACAUUGGCAUCAAUGGUCAGGUGACAUAUAAGCUGAGCCCCAAUGAAUAUUUCUCUGUGGAAGAGAUAAAGAAUUAUGAACACAGUAAAUCUUUGGUUCUGACGUUAAAGAAACCUCUUGAUCGUGAAGCAUCCACUGAGCAUCACUUGUUACUUUCAGCAAUAGAUAGUGGGCAGCCACCACUCACUGGCACCAUCCUACUUGUGAUCACUGUGGUGGAUGUCAAUGACAACCCACCCUCAUUUAACCAGUCGGUUUACAAAGUCGAAUUACUGGAAAACUCUGCAGUUGGAACACUCAUUAUUAAACUGGAGGCAACAGAUAUGGAUGAAGGAAUUAAUAAGGAGGUUUCAUACUCCUUUAGUAACCUUGUUGCUCCUGAUAUAAAGGAAAAGUUUAGCAUAGAUGGUAAUAACGGAGAACUUAGGGUGAAAAGAAAUGUGGAUUUUGAAGAGAGUAUAGCAUAUGAUAUUCAAAUUGAAGCAACAGAUAAAGGUGGUUACCCCUUGUCAGGACAUUGCAAAGUUCUCAUCGAGAUUUUGGAUGUGAAUGACAACAGCCCCGAAAUGUCACUCAAGUCACUUUCAGUGCCGGUUCCAGAGGACUCCCCACCAGGGACAGUGGUGGCACUAAUCAGCAUAUCAGACAGAGACUCUGGGGCAAAUGGACAAGUCAAUUGCUCGGUGGGACCUCCUGGGCUGCCCUUCAAGCUGACCUCCACCUUCAAGAAUUACUACUCUCUGGUGGUGGCUGAGCCCCUGGAUCGAGAAAGAGAAGCAGAAUACCAGCUGGUUGUGAUGGCCCAGGACCAAGGGGUUCCAGCACUGUCCACCAGCAGCAGCCUGGUGGUGCCCAUUGGGGAUGUGAACGACAACGCUCCUGCUUUUGCUCAACCCUCCUACACGGUGUUUGUGAAGGAGAACAACCCUCCAGGUGCCCACAUCUUCACCGUGUCUGCCUCAGACCCAGAC